AAGAGCCAUGCAACAUGCCGCAAGUUUGAUGCCGCACAUCUGCUGAUGCAACGUGUGUGCAGGAGCAGCAGCUUCAACCACCUUUGCAGAUCUCUGGUCAUCUUCUUCGUCUUGCGCACCUCCCACGCAGACUUGCGAGCAUCCCUGCAGAACGUGGAUGACCUGCUCUCGGUCUCUGAAGUCCUCCACCGAGCUUUCAAGAAUGAGUACAACGUCGAGGCCGCAACAGUUACAGUCGCAGAUGGACGCCUUUGUGCAGAAACAACUCCAGUUGCUGUGCUUUCCCGGCAAUUUCUGGAGGAUUCCUGGACCAGCGCAGAAUCCAGCAGUGGUGACAUUGAGGCGAUGUUCAAUGCCAAAGGCGACUGCUUCAUGAAGUAUGCGGGCAUCUGCGAGGCGUAUGCAACCUGUGCGGAUGCCACAGCCGUAUUCGAUCCUUCCACUGUGCCGCGCGAAGGUCUCUACUGGGCAGCCAACGAGAGCGCGGUUCGGGCAUGGCAGGGCGAGCAGCUCGCGCUGUUGGACGACUUGCUCUUGAUGGCAGAUCGGCUGCUAUAG